GCGAGUCUGUCAGUGACAGCGGGCGGGUGAGGGGAUCGGGGGUGGUGGCCGAGGCCGCGUAUUUUCCGACAUGAGGAUGCAGCACCGUGGGGCUCGGCAGUGGCUGCGGCGGUGGCUGUAGCGGCUUCUCUAGCUUGGAAGGUUGCCCCGGGCGGGCGUCCCAAGCCGGCGUCGCCGGAGCGGGCUCUGCGGCAGUGCCGCACACGGGCCGCCGGCUGAGGGGCCAGCGCCCUGAGCUUGGUGCGGGGCGGCUCCCUGUCCCUGGGCAUCCCAGCCCGUUGGGUCGUCGCUGGCGACUGGGAGCGGGCGGGCGGAGCUGGGAGCAGGCCCCUCUAAGACGGGUCGCGCCGACGGCCGCAGCGCCGCGGGCUCCGCAAACUCACUGCCCGCCUCCCGCGGGGCGGGACAGAGGGGUCCGGCGGGCGGCCUGACGCAGUGGAGGCGCCGCGUUCUGCGCAGCAUGAGGGGCCCACCGCAACCGCCGCGAGAGCCGCGUUUGCCGGAGCGGCAGGCGGCGUGAAAGUGCUCGGAGAGGACUCCCCUCCACUGCCGCCGCGGUGGGUGCAGCAGGUAGCGGUGAUCCUGGCCUGGUGUGGCUCCGGGCCCGCCGCAACAUGGCUUCCCCGCCCCACCAGCAGCUGUUGCAGCACCACAGCACCGAGGUGAGUUGUGACUCCAGCGGAGACAGCAGCAGCGUGAGGGUCAAAAUCAACCCCAAACAGCUGUCGUCCAACAACCACCCCAAACACUGCAAGUACAGCAUCUCCUCCAGUUGUAGCAGCUCCGGGGACUCAGGGGGCGUCCCUCGGAGAGUGGGCGCCAGAGGCCGUCUGCGCAGGCAGAAGAAGCUGCCUCAGCUGUUCGAGAGGGCUUCCAGCCGGUGGUGGGAUCCCAAGUUCGACUCAGUGAACCUAGAGGAGGCUUGCCUAGAGCGCUGCUUCCCGCAAACUCAGCGCCGCUUCCGGUACGCGCUCUUCUAUAUCGGCUUUGCCUGCCUGCUCUGGAGCAUCUAUUUUGGUAUCCACAUGAGAUCCAAACUGAUUGUCAUGGUAGCCCCGGCUCUCUGCUUCCUCAUGGUGUGUGUGGGCUUUUUCCUCUUUACUUUCACCAAGCUGUAUGCCCGACAUUAUGUGUGGACCUCUCUGGUUUUCACCCUCCUGGUGUUCGCCCUGACCUUGGCUGCCCAGUUUCAGGUUCUGACACCUCUCUCAGGACGUGUUGACAGCUUCAAUCAUACUCCCGCAGCUAAGCCCAGAGACACUUGCUUAUCUCAAGUGGGGAGCUUUUCCAUGUGCAUUGAAGUGCUCUUUUUGCUUUACACCGUCAUGCACUUACCUUUGUACUUCAGCUUGUUUUUGGGAGUGACCUAUUCUGUUCUUUUUGAGACCUUUGGCUAUCAUUUCCGAGAUGAAGACUGUUUCCCCUCGCCUGGAGCAGGACCCCCGCACUGGGAACUGCUGAGCCGAGCCCUGCUCCAUGUCUGUAUUCAUGCCAUUGGGAUUCACCUAUUUAUCAUGUCCCAGGUGAGAUCCAGGAGCACCUUCCUCAAGGUGGGACAGUCGAUUAUGCACGGAAAGGAUCUGGAAGUGGAAAAAGCCCUAAAAGAGAGAAUGAUUCAUUCUGUGAUGCCAAGAAUCAUAGCUGAUGACUUGAUGAAACAGGGGGAUGAGGAGAGCGAGAAUUCUGUGAAAAGGCAUGCCACCUCCAGCCCCAAGAACAGGAAGAAAAAGUCUUCCAUACAGAAAGCCCCUAUAGCAUUCCGCCCAUUUAAGAUGCAGCAGAUUGAAGAGGUCAGUAUUUUAUUUGCAGACAUCGUGGGCUUCACCAAGAUGAGUGCCAACAAGUCUGCUCAUGCCCUGGUGGGUCUCCUCAAUGAUCUGUUUGGUCGCUUCGACCGGUUGUGUGAAGAGACUAAGUGUGAGAAAAUCAGCACACUGGGAGAUUGCUACUACUGUGUGGCAGGAUGCCCUGAGCCCCGGGCCGACCAUGCCUACUGCUGCAUCGAAAUGGGCUUGGGCAUGAUAAGAGCCAUCGAGCACUUCUGCCAGGAGAAGAAAGAGAUGGUGAACAUGCGUGUCGGCGUUCACACAGGGACUGUCUUGUGUGGCAUCUUAGGCAUGAGGAGGUUUAAAUUCGAUGUGUGGUCCAAUGACGUGAACCUGGCCAAUCUCAUGGAGCAGUUGGGAGUGGCUGGCAAGGUUCACAUUUCCGAAGCCACUGCAAAAUACCUAGAUGAUCGGUAUGAAAUGGAGGAUGGGAGAGUUACUGAACGCCUUGGUCAGAGUGUUGUUGACCAGUUGAAAGGUUUGAAGACAUACCUGAUAGCGGGUCAGAGAGUGAAGGAGUCUCACUGCAGCUGUUCAGAGGCCUUGCUUUCUGGCUUUGAGGUCAUUGAUGGCUCACAGGUGUCCUCAGGCCCUAGGGGACAGGGGACAGCAUCACCAGGGAGUGUCAGUGACUUGGCGCAGACUGUCAAAACCUUUGAUAACCUUAAGACCUGCCCUUCGUGCAGAAUCACAUUUGCUCCCAAAUCGGAAGCUGGUGCAGAAGGAGGAGCAGUGCAAAACGGCUGUCAGGAGGAGCAUAAAAAUAACACCAAGGCUUCUAGCGGACGUAAUUCUAAGACCCAAAAUGGACUUCUGAGCCCUCCCCAAGAAGAGAAGCUCACCAACAGCCAGACUUCUUUGUGUGAGAUCUUACAGGAAAAGGGAAGAUGGGCAGGUGUCAGCUUGGACCAGUCUGCUCUCCUUCCACUGAGAUUCAAGAACAUCCGGGAGAAAACCGAUGCCCACUUUGUUGAUGUUAUCAAAGAAGACAGCCUGAUGAAAGAUUAUUUUUUUAAGCCACCCAUUAAUCAGUUCAGCUUGAACUUUCUGGAUCAGGAGCUAGAGCAAGCCUACAGGACUAGCUAUCAAGAAGAGGUUAUGAAGAAUUCUCCUGUGAAGACUUUUGCCAGUGCCACCUUCAGCUCCCUCCUGGACGUGUUUCUAUCAACAACAGUGUUUCUGAUUCUUUCCAUCACCUGCUUCCUAAAGUACGGGGCUGCCACCACACCUCCCCCGCCAGCCACCCUAGUGGUCUUCGGGGCGGCCUUGCUACUGGAGGUGCUGUCCCUCGUGGUCUCCGUCAGGAUGGUGUUUUUCCUGGAGGAUGUGAUGACUUGUACCAAGCGCCUGCUGGAGUGGAUAGCUGGUUGGCUCCCACGCCAUUUCAUUGGGGCCAUCCUGGUGUCACUUCCCGCUCUUGCAGUCUAUUCACACAUCACUUCCGAAUUUGAGACAAAUAUACACUUCACUGUGUUCAUGGGCUCGGCCAUCCUCGUCGCCGUCGUGCACUACUGUAACUUCUGCCAGCUCAGCUCCUGGAUGCGGUCCUCCUUAGCCACUGUCGUCGGGGCUGGGCCCCUGCUUCUGCUCUACAUCUCCCUGUGCCGAGACAGUCCCAUAGUAAUCUCACACCUUAGUGCAGUACAGAAUUUCAGUUCGGAGAGGAAUCCAUGCAAUAGUUCAUUGCUGCAUGACAGCAGGAGACCAGCCAGCCUGAUUGGCCAGGAAGUAAUUCUCGUCUUCUUUCUCCUGCUCUUGUUGGUCUGGUUCCUGAAUCGAGAAUUCGAGGUCAGCUACCGCCUUCACUACCAUGGGGACGUGGAGGCAGACCUUCACCGCACCAAGAUCCAGAGCAUGAGGGACCAAGCCGACUGGCUGCUAAGGAACAUCAUCCCCUACCAUGUGGCAGAGCAGCUGAAGGUUUCCCAGACCUACUCCAAGAACCACGACAAUGGGGGAGUCAUCUUUGCCAGCAUUGUCAACUUUAGUGAGUUCUAUGAGGAGAACUAUGAGGGAGGCAAGGAGUGCUACCGGGUCCUCAAUGAGCUGAUCGGGGACUUCGACGAGCUCCUGAGCAAGCCAGACUACAGCAGCAUUGAGAAGAUUAAGACCAUUGGGGCCACAUAUAUGGCUGCAUCAGGACUGAAUGCCACACAGUGCCAAGAUGGCAGCCACCCACAGGAGCACCUGCAGAUCCUGUUUGAGUUUGCCAAGGAGAUGAUGCGUGUGGUGGAUGACUUCAACAACAACAUGCUGUGGUUCAAUUUCAAGCUCAGAGUUGGCUUUAACAAUGGACCCCUGACAGCAGGGGUCAUUGGCACUACCAAGCUGCUAUACGACAUCUGGGGGGACACUGUCAACAUCGCCAGCAGGAUGGACACCACGGGAGUGGAGUGCCGCAUCCAGGUGAGUGAAGAAAGCUACCGUGUCCUAAGCAAGAUGGGCUACGACUUUGACUACAGGGGCACGGUGAAUGUUAAGGGCAAAGGUCAGAUGAAGACCUACCUUUACCCAAAGUGCACGGACAAUGGGGUUGUGCCACAGCACCAGCUCUCCAUCUCCCCAGACAUCCGAGUCCAGGUGGAUGGCAGCAUCGGACGGUCUCCCACAGACGAGAUUGCCAACCUGGUGCCUUCUGUACAGAACUUAGACAAGACAUCUCUGGGUUCUGAGAACAACACACAGGCCAAGGACACUCACCUGUCUUCUAAGAGACCCUGGAAAGAGCCUGUCAAAGGUGAAGAAAGGUGUCGAUUCGGCAAAGCCAUAGAAAAAAGUGACUGUGAAGACAUGGGGAUGGAAGAAGCCAAUGAACUCACUAAGCUCAAUGUCUCAAAGAGUGUGUGAUGCAGCACCUGGAUGCUGCCCGCGGUGCUCUGUUCAUCAAAACACAAUAAUAUUCGUAUUUGGCUGUUGUGUGUUCCAAGCGCCACAGUUUCCAUCCCCAGAUGUGGUGCCAUGUGGUCAUUGCAGCCCUAACUUCUGUGUAGAUCACAGUUAUUCAGGGUUCAUUUUCAUCCAUUUCUUUCCUUUUUCUCUCCCUGGAAUCCUCUUCCCUUAGUGUAACCGUUCAGCAGCAUGAGGAACAAGUGCCUUCAGGGGCUGGCUGUGGCUUCAGAGAUUAGGGAAAGAAGCCACAGGUGGAGAUCAUGGCAUUGGGUAUUGUUGGACUUUUAAGACAAAAGCUGCGGUUAAGAUGUCACUUUUAUUGCUUUUUCUCAUGAGAUACUUUUUUUUGCUAAUACAAUGUUUUCAAAGUUAUUUUUUCUAUAUACAUAGUAAUGUUUUCCAAUGACCUGAUCUUCCUAUGUAAACACUUACAUGCGCACACACUUGCAUUUAUGAAUCUGAGAUUAAGUGCCAGUAACUCACUGAGAGGGGAUGUCAGGGGGGUUGGGGCGUGGGCUGAGAACAGCAGUCAGCCAGGACAGCCUGGCGUCCCUCCCUCCCUGCACCUUUCAGAUCACCCGAGCCCUUGUGGGCUGUGGGUGUCCCACUCCCCAAUCCUCCACAUGCAGGCCGGGAUUCCAAAUGCUAACCAAUAACAAAGCCUCAGGUAUUUAAAAGCUAUUUUUAUUCUGCCCUCGUGCCAAGGGGUCUUCCAUCUGGGAGUGAAGGGGGUUGUCUUUGAGGCUGACUCAUCUGAGAGGGAAAUGAAAAUAAGUGUCUGAGGGUUGCAUUUAUUUAUUUAUUUAUUUAUCUGUCUGUCAGGAAGCGUGUUUUCAGGGAGGGAAUGCCGAGUCCUUCUGGUAAAGGGAAAUAGACUCUGGGGAUCUGCCAAAGGCACACAGCAGAGGACAAGAAGUUAUCUGUUAGUGCUUUAGCCACUUUGGGCCACCUCCCCCAUGAGGGGGCCAAGCAGGACCCCAGGGGACAUGGCCAGAGCUCUGGGUCAGAGAAGCUCUCCACCACUGUUUUUUAAACAGAAUGCCGCUACUUCUGCCCUGGCCCUACAUGAUGCUGCGGGGAUUGGAUCAGAACCCGGCUGGGCGUGAAGCAGGAGGUCUGGGCAAAGCACAAAGACGGCAGAACAGUGCCAGUGCUGUCUUGGCCUUCACACAUUCAAGAAAUUUCUCCAUCCUUCCCAUUCUCAGACUGCGCAGGGCCUAUUUGUGGCAGGAUUGGACCUGGUGAAUGAAUGUCAUCCCUCUCUAGGUGGACUUCUUCCACCGUAGGUUGGAACAGAAUCGUCUGGAUGCAAACGAGGCAUUAAACCAGGGGCGGCAUAGAAAAUUUAGGAAACUCACUUCUGUGCCCUUUGUUGCCAGUUCUCAUUGUAAUCACGUUUUGCCAUGUGGAGUCUGAAGCUUAUGUAGAACUGAACUCGAGCUAGAGUUGCCUUGUCAUAGUCACAGUUAUUUUUAAGGUGACAGUGGCCUAUUGCUCAUGCGAUAUUUUGAGGACUAACUCCUCUGUUUAAGGUCUUCACUGACAUGCCCUGUGCAUUUGCUUUUCACUGGUAAAUCUGUGUGUAACUUUCACAUCUGUGUUAAGUCCUGUUAUCACUUCUCCUCCUCAAAUUCGUACAGAACCUGCCAUUUCUGGCAUCAUGAAAUACUGAUUCUGAUUAGCCAUCUCCCCAGAGGACAUGGGAUGACCACCUGGCUGUACAGCUGUAGCUGGGAUCUCAAUGUCCUGGGAAUUGAGAACAUUCUCAGUAACUACGAUUUUCCUUCAGGUUUUACUGUCACUGUGUUGUUCUUCCAAUGCCGGAGAAAGGAUGGUGUGACAAUACCUCUUGCUUCUAAAGAAUGUAUUCUUAUAAAAUAUUGCAGAAUUUUUAUUUAAAAAGAAACACUACCUGAUGCUCUCCUUGUCUGUAGGGAUUGUGGGUGUUUUUGGAGUUUCUUCCAUCAGUAUUAAGGUGUGUGUUUGAGUGUGGCUCUUUUCCUUUGCCUUCUUGCUCCAGGCUCUAUAGCUCUGGUGGCACCUAAGGGACUGAGUGGUUGCCUCUGAGUUACCAGUGUCUCUGCUGUUCUGUUCAAAAUGUGCUCUACAAAGUUCAUCUCUGCACGUACUUCCUAUCAAACUCUUUUUUUUUCCUUCCCCUCCUAUGAAGGUGUUUAUGAUUCCUGACCCUGGGAACCUGAGAGACUGCAAACUGCAGGGGCAGAGUCAGACCAUCUGUUGGUCUGGUUCAGCACUGUGCAAACUGGAGCCUUUGAUGGACAGCUCACCCAGAGUUCAAAAUUGUCUUUAAAAACACCCUGAGCCUUCCUAAGUAACCAGUUCACAUGUGCUCUCUGGUCCUUCCCAGUUUCCCACUCUGAAGCAUACUUCAACAUGGAACCACAGAAUCUCUGCAAUGGAAAUGCCUUGCAUCUCACCCAGUUGGCAUUGAACAGAUAGUUGCUGAAGACAGAGGGGUUUCUAAGCAGCAGGUUCAAGCGCUACUGAUAAGAUGGAUGCAUUCUUCAGAGUGGCAAUACCUCUUCUGAACUUAGGACAGGAAGCAAUACUUCAGAAUUGAAUGUGUGUAAAUAGUUGCUUUGAGUUGCAAUUGCUAUUUUCUUCUUGGCCCCAGGUCAGAUCAAACUGUAUAUAUGUAUAAACAAGCACAUAAUUUUAUCCAAUGCAAACAAAUGUAGAGCAUCAGUUAUUAAACCCUUUAGCUUGAAGAGUCGCACAGAUUAUGCAACACCUGCGCACGACUCCAUUAUCACUGACUUCACUUGUGGAGACACCUGCACAUUUGCACAUGACAUUGAGAGCCAAAGGGCCACAUGCUUCCCAUUAUGUGGGCUGUAAUAAUUUGUAGUUUCCAAAGAUUCAUCUGUGUUUGCAUUUCUAGAUUUUUUUGUGGUAAGCAUUUUCUGGUUGGUUGUUUUAGAAAAUCACAUCAUGCCUAGAAUCUGAAAUUAAAUUAGCAAGAACCAACUGUUUGCAUUUUCCAUCUUUCCUUUGCUCUAUUCUUGAUAAAUUGUUAAUUCUAUAAUUUCAAAAUGCAUCUACUGAAGAAAUGGACAUCAUUAAAAUAGUCUAAAGUCUAAA